AUGGUUUCCAGAUCUUUCUUAGUCACAGAUUUACCCAACAGUUUCAAUAUAAUAUGCCUAAUAUUUUUACUCUUACUAUUUUAUUUGUUGCCUUACCUUUAUUUUUGUAUUUGCUUUAUUCAGGAUGAAGUGAAAUUGCCUGCCAAGCUUAGCAUCAGCAAGUCUUUGAAAGACACAGAGAAGCAGGAAAUAGAAGGAGAAGUUCAAGAAAAUGAGAAUAAGGAAGGAGAAGAAGAUCAUAUCGAGCUGUCCUCUGAUGAAGAGGUAGAGGUGGAAGAAAUCAUUGAAGAGUCUAGAGCUGAACGUAUCAAGAAAAGCGGAAUGAGAAGAGUUGAUGACAUAAAAAAAGCUUUCUCAAAAGAAAAAAUGGAAAAAACCAAGGUUAAAACUAAAGAGAAUUUGGAAAAGACCAAGCAGAACUUGGAGAAGACCAGGCAUACCCUUGAGAAGAAGAUGACCAAGCUUGGAACCAAGAUUGUGACAAACGAGAGACGAGAAAAGAUAAAGACCUCCAGGGACAAGAUUAAAAAGUCCUUUACACCUGACCAUCCUGUCUAUGCCCGUUCCAAAACCGCUGUCUACAAGGUGCCUCCCUUUACUUUCUAUGUGAAGAAAAUCAGGGAGGGUGAAGUAGAGGUUCAGGCCACAGAAAUGAUGGAAGUUGGAGGAGAUGAAGUGGAAGAAGAGGGAACCGAGCUGUUGAGAGGAGAAAGCCCUGAUCCUCAUUCCCUUCUGCAAAUCACAGAGGACACUGAUGCCGUGCUGGCUGAGAGAAGCGACAGUGACUAG